CUGCUUGAAAAUUUGUGUAAACAAGAAGUCAAAUGAAGUAGUUUCAACCUUUCCUGUAUUAAUCUUGUUAUGUACCUUUUUUCUGGUGUUCCGGGGAAGGGGAUUCGGAGAGAGGACUAUGAUGGGGCUUGUGUUGUUUAGGGUUUGUGAAUGUUAGCUAUUAAAAAUCUGAUCAGGAUUUGUGGGAUGGGAAAGAGGAAGGCAAAGUCGAAGCCACCUCCAAAGAAGCGAAUGGAUAAGCUGGACACUGUCUUCAGCUGCCCUUUCUGCAAUCAUGGCACCAGUGUCGAAUGUCGCAUUGAUAUGAAGAACUUGAUAGGGGAAGCUUCUUGCAGAAUAUGCCAAGAGAGCUUUAGCACUACUGUCACAGAUGUGGCUGAGGCUAGUGGUCUUAUAUGUUUGUUUUCUUUGCAGCUUUAUCGGAGCCAAUUGACAUAUACAGUGAGUGGAUCGAUGAAUGUGAACGGGUGAACAACCCGGAAGAUGAUGGUGCUUAGUAGUGUAAUUAUAAGAAUCCAGUUGGAAGAUGAUGGUGAUUAGUAGCGUUUUAAAUAAUCCAGUUUUAGCAAAUAUGAAUGGAAUUACUGUCCAUUGUAAUUAUGCCUGUCUCUAUUAUGGUGAUUAGUGUUUACAAUGCACACGAAAGUAAUAUGCCUACUUUGAUGAUGCCACCUUGAUUAACAAUACUGAUGCUAGUCAUGUUACUUAUGUAAAAUUUGUAAGUCCUAAUAGUAGUAAUAGUUUGAAUGGUAAUAAAGAAUGAGAUUGUCUUAUAUGAUAAA